AUGAGCGCGCCGCCGUCGAGUGGGCUCGAGGUGGCUAGCUGGCCCGCGCGCGUCGGCACGGUGGGGAUCCGCGAGCUUGACGGGCUCGGGAUGCCUCGGUCCUUCGACGAUGGAGUGAACACUGUGACGGGCUACCUGAAAUCCAUUGAGCCACUGAAUGGCACCAACUAUCCAAGCUGGUAUAAAGAUGUUAAUGUUGCCAUUGCUAUGUGCGAGUAUGAUCUCGCCUUAUGUCAAGACAAGCCAGCAGAGCCCGCUGAUCCCGAUGGUGAUCAUACUGCCAUUGAGAAGUGGGAGAGAUCAGACAGGAUGGCCAACAUGAUCAUUAAGAACACGAUCACUCCGGCCUUCUGUGGUGCUAUUCCUGAUAAGGACCAGGAUGGUAAUGAUCUGAGCGACAGGGCAUAUCUUGCUAAGGUGGAGGAGAACUUUAAGAGUUCUUCCAAGACUUAUGCUAGCACCCUGAUCAUGAAGAUGCUGACUUCACAGUAUGAUGGGCAAAGUGGAAUCAGGGAGCACAUUAUGAGCAUGUGUGACAUGGCAAAUAAGCUGAAGACACUGGAUAUGGCUAUCUCUGAUGGUUUUCUGGUGCACUUCAUCAUGACUUCUCUGCCAGUACAGUACAGUCCCUUCAAAAUAAGCUACAACACUCAGAAGGCGACUUGGAGCAUGGCUGAGCUCAUUAGUUACUUUGUUGAGGAAGAAGAAAGGUAG